AUGAUAAAAUAUUUCACCUUCUCUAAAAAAUGGCUCUUUCUCUUCCAUUUUCACUCAAGAUCUUCCACUUUCUCAUCAACCAAGCACCCUUCGCCCCUUAGACUCCCCAAAACUCCACCAUCCUUUUCUCCAAAACCCCUUUCCAAUCCAAUAAUCCCCUCAACCAAGACCCAUCUCUACGCCUCACUUUUCUGCACUCUUAUCCACCUAUAUUUAAGCUGUGGAAGAUAUUCACAUGCCAAGGAAACAUUUUUCAAGAUGAGGAAACAUGGUGUUAUUCCCGUUUUGACCCUGUGGAAUCGCCUUAUUUAUAGUUUCAAUGCAUCUGGUUUGAUUUCUGAGGUAAUGCUACUUUACUCUGAGAUGCUAGCUUGUGGGGUUUUGCCUAAUAUUUUCACCGUAAAUGUUUUGGUUCAUUCUGUUGUCAAAGAUGGUAAUUUGAGCUUUAGCUUGGAAUUGCUUAGAAGUUUUGGCGCCAAGAACAUUGUUGAUACUGUUACUUAUAAUACUUUGAUUUGGGGAUUUUGUGAGCAAGGUUUAGCUUAUCAAGGUUUAGGGGUUUUGUCUGAAAUGGUCAAAAAAGGUAUAACUUUUGAUGUUAUUUCUUGUAAUAUAAUUGUUAAGGGAUUUUGUAGAAUUGGAUUUGUUAGAUAUGGAGAGUGGGUUAUGGAUAAUUUGACUACACGUGGGAUCUGUAAGGAUGUUAUAGGGUUUAACAUAUUGAUUGAUGGAUAUUGUAAGAUUGGAGACGUGAAUUAUGCAGUCGAAUUGAUCCACAGGAUGAGAAGUGAAGGUAUAGUUCCUGAUAUCAUUAGUUAUAAUACCUUGAUAAAUGGAUUUUGCAAAAAAGGUGAUUUCUUUAUGGCCAAAAGUUUAAUCAAUGAGAUUUUGGGGUCUCGUAGGAAGAAAGAUUCUAAGAUUUUGGCUGGUACUGAUAACCGAAAGGAGGUAGAUAAUGGUGUGGUAUUGGAGCCAGACCUUAUUACACACACUACACUUAUAAGUGCCUAUUGUAGGCAAGAAGCUCUUGAGGAGGCACUUUCUAUAUAUGAAGAAAUGGUUGUGAAUGGUAUUUUGCCCGAUGUGGUUACUUAUAGUUCAAUCUUAAAUGGCUUCUGCAAGCAUGGGAAGUUAGCUGAGGCAAAAGUGCUUAUGAUGGAGAUGGAGAAGAUGGGUGUGGAUCCCAAUCAUGUCUCCUAUGCUACUCUUAUGGACUCGAUAUUCAAAGCUGGGAAUUCUUUGGAUGCUUCUGCCCUUCAAAGUCUAAUGGUUGUUCGUGGGAUUGUCUUUGACGUUGUUGUGUACACUACACUGAUGGAUGGACAUUUUAAGGCUGGGAAGUCCGACGAGGCGGAGACCAUUUUUAUUACUCUUUUAAAGAACAAAAUGGUGCCUAAUACGACCACCUAUUCAGCAUUGAUUGAUGGUCGUUGCAAGUUGGGAGACAUAAAUGGUGCAGAAUCUGCAUUGGAAGAAAUGAAAGAAAAAGAUGUUGUCCCUAAUGUCGUGACUUAUUCUUCUAUCGUAAACUGCUAUAUCAGGAAAGAAAUGCUUGAUGAAGCUGUUAACUUGAUGCGGAAGAUGUUUGCGCGAUGAUAGUCACAUGUUCCAUUUAUGGACUUUUGCCUGGAAUUCCUAGUCCCAACAAAGUUGGUAUGUGAUUCAGAAUGUGAGAAGUGGAGGUAACCGUUGAUUUCCUUUUGAACAGAUUGUCAAGAGAAGAGCAAUGUAUUGGCAGUUGUUUUCAGCUUUAGGCAAUUAGGGUUCAGAAGCAAGAUUCAGUGGUUCAUUUUUCUGAUGCAUUAGCAAAAAUGCACACAUCUCCCUACUUAGUAUUGCUGUUGCCCCAACUCGAGGUGAAUAGCUGUAUUUCACUACAAACACAAUGCUGACAUAGCAUAUCGGAUGAUAAUUUGGAGAACAGCACCACACCUUAUUAAUCAAUGUUCACGCUUGCCAUUUAGGCCUAUAUUGUUGCCACAAUUUGAGGUUAAACGUUGUAUUUUAUUACGAACGAUAAUGUUUAUACUAUGUUCGUAUUAUAAUGUUAUUAAUGGUGAAUGAUAUUUGAAUGAAUAUUUGAAUGUUCUUAUUUUCUAAA